AUGUCGCGAGUCUUCGCCAUGUCGACCGACUCUGGCUCCCCUUCUCCAGACAACACUCCUGAGACGAAAGACGAAGCUGCUAAGGCGGCUCCGCUAAGUCCCGAGUCGCCUUCUGGAAUUCUCCUGGAGCAGUUGAUUCUGUCGCACCCGCAUUUGGUGCCGGCGGCGGCGGAGCAGCAGCUGGAGCAACUCGCAGCGGAGGCGGAGGCGACGGACGCCCCGAAGGAGAGCGGCGCGAAGAAGUCAAGCAGCGACCUCGUUCUGUACAAGCGAAUGGCGGAGGUGCGGAACAGCGAGCGUAUGCGCGCUAUCAAGGAGGUCAUGUACGCGUUAAUAGUCCAAAAGUUCAUCGAGUCCGGCGCGCCGCUCCUCCCAAAAGUGCCCUUCGUGACCGUCGACCCGUCGUCCACGCUCUUCCCGUCCGCCGCCACCUCACCCUUCGGCCUGGACCUCGUUCCAACCGUCCCCGUUAAAGAGCAAGAGUUAUCCAGCGUCCAUUCCGAGGAGGCUCUAGACAUGGUUAAGGAGCAUUUGGCUACUAUUCUCGGACCGCGUCCGACGGGCCCCAUGGCGGCUUUAAUUAACGACGACAGGGUGGUGGUGGGUACGAGCAAGCUGCGGCUAGGACAGGUGUACGCGGCGUCGAUUAUGUACGGGUAUUUCCUGCGACGCGUGGACCAGCGAUUCCAGCUGGAGAAAAGUAUUGGGAUGCUUAGGGGUUUCGUGGGGAGCGCGGCGGCGAAGGGGGACGCGGAGGGGGAGGAGGGGGCACAGCAGGUGGUGUUUCCGCCUGAGGAGGUAGUGGAGGAGGUGAAGGGAGAGGGGGAGAAGGAAGGUGAGGGGGAGAAGGAGGGGGAAGGGGAGGAGGAGGGAAAGGCGGAGCAGACGCUGCGCGCUUAUGUGCAGUCGUUUGACCCGGAGACUCUACAAAUGACGGCCACGAUGAGAAGCAAGGAGAGUGUGGAGGUGAUCGAGCGGCACACGGAGGCGCUGUUCGGCAAGCCCAAGGUGGAGGCGAACCAGGAGGGUGUAGCGGUCGUAAAGGACGACGCGGCGCGCCUCACCGUCAGCACGCUGCGACGCCUCGUGCUCGAAGCUGUCGCGUUUGGGGGGUUCCUGUGGGACAUCGAGUCCUUUGUUGAUACGCGGUUUAAGAUCACCACUCCUUAG